UUCAGGCAGCUUUUGGUCAUUUUGAGCCCUUUCUGCCUGGAAGUGAAUGCAGGGGCCAGCGAAGGUCACCACCUGCGGGCCGGGGGCGGGGCGGGCCACACACGCGGAGGCCGGGGGAGAGCUGGGAGUUAGAAAAAUGUGACCCCGCGACCCCAAACGCCGCCAGGCUACCUCGCCUGCGCUCCACCUGCUCCUCGGCGCCCAGCUGCUAGCGGACCAUGGCCAGCCCUGCGCCCUUAGUGGCUUCCAUCAGCCACCAAAUGGUGGCUUUGCAGACACUGCAGCUGCUUCAGCAGGAGUGGGGCUGGGGGGACGGUCCUAGCGCCCCCGGGAGCCCGAGCGGUCCGGACCACGUGCCCAUCGCCCCGGCUCGUAACUCAGGCCAGAUGAGGACCCGGCGGGGGCUAGGGCGAGGGAGCACGGGAGCGCGAGGCUCCCCCGAGGCAGGGGGACUGAGGGGAGCAGAGGGGGGCGCCGAGCUGCUGCCCUUCCCCCGGGACCGCGGGCCCUGUACCCUGGCGCGGAUGGCGAUGCGCAGCGCGCUGGCCCGCGUGGUGGACUCGACCUCGGAGCUGGUCAGCGUAGAGCAGACUCUGCUUGGGCCUCUCCAGCAUGAGCGGCCCUUCCCCAUCCACCUAAAGGACAGCGUGGAGUUCAGAAACAUCUGCAGUCACUUGGCUCUGCAAAUCGAAGGGCAGCAGUUUGACAGAGACCUGAACGCUGCUCACCAGUGUCUGAAGACGAUAGUGAAGAAGUUGAUCCAGGCGCUUGCUAAUCUCCCAUCAGAUGCCCACGUGGUUGCCUGCGCUUCCUUGAGACAGAUCUUGCAGAAUCUCCCAGAUGUAUGAGCAUGAGAGACAGCCAGACUACAGCUGGCUCUGCUAAGAGAAUAGGAUCCUUCACCUUCUCGACAGCCAGCAGCAGCGGGUGUUUAUGUUCCCAAAACGACUUGAUAGUUCAUGGCCGAGUGUGACCGAGAGCACCUGUAGCCUUCAGCACGAUAGCAUGUGGUGCACAUACUUUUUAAAGCUGUAGUGUAUGUUUUAAAGUAUGGUGACUUAUUGCUGACUUUCUGAAAUAGAUUUCUCUUUGUGGAACUAAUUGGGUUUUAUAUAUCUGUGUAUACUGAUUACCCAUCUUAAGCAUUGGUUUUGAAUGAAUGACAUUUGAAUCUAUAUUUGUAUUAUUGUCGGCUAGAAAGCUUAAUGGGGUCCUGUAUAGCAGAAGGACCAUGGCUCUUCAUGUAGUUUUGAGUAAGUGGGACAUUUAGUAGCUGACACCAUCAGUGUGCUGGGACCUUCGUUGUAGGCAAUAGCAGUGAGGUGUCAGUCAUUGUGAGUUCAACCCUGUCGUUAGUAACUUACCCCUGGGCGGGAAGAGCUGUUUCUAAACCUUGUACUAUCGUACAGUGCUGUGCACAUUUAAAAUGACAGUGAACUCUGGGGUACUGAGCAUCUAUAAUAUGUAAAUACAAGUACGUGCCAUUAAAGUCUCAGUGUGGGACCAUCUGGCUGCUCUUACUGUUGCUAAAUAUUUCUGUUGGAACAGGAAAGUGCUGGGAAAAGAAGGAAGGAGUGAGCACUCCAGGAAUUCUGUUUGCACAGUCCAACGUUUGGAUCUGGAAAGAGAAGGUGGUUUCAUUACUAUUUUAUGUUUGGUAACAAUUAUCUAUACAUGCUUUCUAUUAUUCAAUGAUGACUAUACCUAGAGCUAAUAAAGGCCUCACUGCAUCAUAGAAGUUUCUUAUGGAAACGGCAUCAGGUUAGCAGGGGCCAGGGGAUGACCGUGUAUAUGAAUAAAUGACUUGUUUCUGAAAGAAUUAAUACCUGGAUCUGUGUGUUGGGGUGUAUCUGUCUAAAAUGAGUGUCAGUAGCGAUCAAAGCUUCUUUUAUUGAAAAUAUUUUUUUCAAUAAAUAUAUCCCAUCAUGGUUUCCCCUUUCCUCAUUUCCUCCCAGAGAAAGCAUAAAACCAUAAACCAUAAUA